CGCCGGCCCCUGCCUGCUGACACAGCUCCCUGACCGCCUGCACCAUCGGCACUUCAGCGCCCGCCUAUAAAGGGCCACGGGAAAAGCCGGCACCGGCACCGCCACCUUCGCCUCUGUGCCCUGCCCUCCGACCAACCGAGAGACCCGUAUGACCAGCAGUGAAGCCAUGGACACCCUGGGGCAGUACAAGAUCACGGUGUGGGAGGAGGAGAACUUCCAGGGCAAGCGCUGCGAAUUCCUCAUGGAGUGCCCCAGCAUCAUGGAGCGCGGCUUCCGCAAGAUCCGCUCCAUCAAGGUGGAGUCUGGCCCCUGGGUAGGCUUCGAGUACCCUGAGUACCAGGGACAGCAGUUUAUCCUGGAGAAGGGUGACUAUCCCCGGUGGGAGGCCUGGAGUGGGAACAGUGGCUACCGGACCGAGCACCUCCUCUCCUUCCGGCCUGUCAAAUGCGCAAACCACAAUGACAGCAAAGUCAUCCUCUACGAGGCUGAGAACUUCCAGGGUCACAAGUUUGAGCUGAGUGACGACUAUCCCUCGCUGCAGGCCAUGGGCUGGGGCAACAAGGAGGUGGCAUCCAUCAAAGUGAACGCCGGAGCGUGGGUGGCAUACCAGUACCCAGGAUACAGGGGCUACCAAUACGUGCUGGAGCGGGACAGACAGAACGGCGAGUUCAAGAAGUACAAUGAAUACAGCAGCCAGGCCCACACCAACCAGAUCCAAUCCAUCCGCCGCGUCCAGCACUGAACAGGGGCAGGGCUGUGUGCCCUGCAGCCUCCAGGCUGCUGUGCAAUAGACCUCUAUCCAGUAGCAAAUAAAGGCAUUUGUCAAAAA